UCUUCCUUAUUUUGAUUUUUUUCUUCUUCAUUUCUCUUCCCUCUCUUUUCUUUUUCUUUUCUUUUUUUUUUGGUAUAUUAUGCCUUCUAUCUCAACACCUUUGGAAAAAGCACAAUUGGCUUUAUCAUCAAAUACAUCAGUAGAAGAAAAGAUUCUAGCAUUAACUGCGUUCUCUACAUCCUUGGGUGACCAAGUUCAAGCUGAUGAAGCGCAAGCUAUCUUAUCAGUUCUACCUUUGUCUCUGUUAUAUGGAACUUUGAAUCAUUGUGUUGAACAUGAUUAUGACGACACCUCCCACGAUCAUCUUCCAAAUGUUUUAUGUGAUCUUAUACGAAAACUGCUUGGACCUUUUCCUUAUUCGGUGGUUUCUCAAGGUGAAAAUAGAAUGUAUCUCGAGCAAGGUCUUCAACAUUUUACUCCUUCUAUUCGUUAUUUGUCUUUACAACAAGUGGAAAAGUGUUUGAAUUCUCCUUUAGAUACGGUGGCCAUGAUUCAAUCUGACUUUUUACCAAUGGUGUCAACAACUGUUGCAUUUCAAGAUUCUAGAACUGCUUUCAAGGCUGUUGAUAUUCUAUACAAGGCUUGUCUCUCAGAUAUAGGAAGUGAAUCUUUUUUCCAAUCUUCGGCAAUUCAAUUACUACAAUCCAUUAUGCAAAUUAACGGUACUGUUGGCUUUCGGGUGUAUGAUUUGAUGAUGAAAAUCGCUGGAUACUCGGAUCGUAACUUUGAACUUUGUGAAUCGUCUGGCAUCUUGAAUCAAUUCAUGGAGGAACUGAAUACCAAUGACCUUUUGCUCAGAAUGAAUGCUAUUGAAUUACUAAACGAAGUGGCUGCUAGUCCUUCAGGAUUACAAUUCUUAAUAAAAGCUCAUCUGAUGAACAAGUUGGUUGAGACAUUGGAUAUUGAUGAUGAUAGCGAUGUUGCUGUGGCUUUGACAAAAUGUGCUGUUAUCAAGUUCUUUGGUAGUUUGGGUGCAAACAAGGAAGUUAACUUUACUAAUGCUCAACAACAAUUCCAUAUCAUUGAAAGAUUGGAAAAGUGUAUCGAUAGUGAUAACAAAGAAAUUGAGACUGUUUCCUUGGCAGCUGUAGGCUUAAUUGGAAGUCAUUUGAAUGGAUUACAACUAGUUCAAAGCAACAAUUCACUGAUGGCAAAUUUUUUUGGAAUUGCACGAACCGCUAGUGGGGAUACAAAAGCCGUAGUUUUACAAUCACUCUCAAAAAUGAUUGGUAUCUCUGAUUCUGAAGAAACUUUUGAACAAGUGGAGCAACGAACUAGUGCCAUAUAUCCAUCUAUCCCAGAAUUUCCGAAUGUUAUCAAGGGUAUAACUGCUUUAGCGAAACUUCCAGUGGACAACAUACGGGUAGCAGCUUUUGCAGUUUUGGAAGCAAUUGCUACACGUCAAUGGGGAAGACAGGAAAUGGCACGAAAUUUUGAGUUCUUGGGAUAUCUUUUGGAUCGAUCUAAUGAAAGUACUCAAAUUGGACAAAUGUGGAAAUAUGCAAUAGUCAAAACAUUGGUGGAAACCGGUUCGAAUGCGGAAUCUAUACUAGGACGACAUUAUAGUAUGCUUACUCAAUAUAUCCGACAAGGACCUUAUUAUCGAGCAGGUCAAGUGACAAUGGCGAUGGAAAGUGGUUAGUUUAGUUUAUUAUUGUAGUUGAUUCUUAGAAUACAUAAUAAAAUCAAUUCUUUUGAAUCUAGAA